UUGUGAUCUCGUAUUGCAAAUUUUAUAUCCAAAAAAUUAAUUUUGUAUCAAUUUUACAUUUUUUUUUUGUUUCAACUAAUUUUAUUCUUCAGUUCAAAAAAUGAAGAUUUUAAUUUUUUGCCUCUUGGGAAUUGUUCUUGUUGGGGAAUUAGUUUUUGCGAAGAGUCUCGUGGAGAAGAAGGAGAUAAAAAUUGACAAAUUGAUUAAACGCGAUACAAAAACGGAAUUAUCAGCGAAAAGUGAGGAGGAGAAGAAAUUGGAUUUUGAUUUGGAGAAGGAUUUGGGAAAGGAUUUGGAGAAAGUUGAACGUGAGAAAAAAUCGUGUCAGGUGAUAAGAGGACCUACAACACGGCCAAUGAAAAUUUGCAUGGAAUUCAAUAGACCAACGCCAACGCUCUAUGUUUGUGAUGACAAUGGAUAUCCUUAUGGUUUAUUGGGACAACGCGACGAUAAUUCCUCACCAAACAAUUAUUUAACUUCUCCAACGAGUUAUUUGACUUCUCCAUCGAAUUAUUUAACAUCACCAUCAUCGUCACCAUUUUAUUUAAAUCCAUCAAUUUACGAUCCUUCAGGUUCAUCUCCUUCGAAUUCUCCUUAUCCCUCAUCGUCUCCAAAUUCUUAUGAUCCAUCUUCUUUGUAUCCAUCUUCUUUGUACGAUCCCUCAUCACCUUAUGGAUCAGGAAACUUGUACGGUACACAACCAACAACUCUUCAAUAUCCAGGAACGAAUCCUUCGAACUAUGGUACGAAUCCAAAUCAACAGAUUUAUUCCCUUCCGUACUACACCACAAAUCCCUCGAAUCCGGACUACAAUUCAGGAAACUACGUCAUCCGUUCGCCAUACGAUCCUGAGAAUUAUCCAAAUUCUGGUGCGGAAAGAACUUGGCCCUAUUCAAUGAUUCGACAAUGUCACUGUAAAUUGACGCCGAUUUCUGGUCGUUAUCCUUAUUAUAUUGGUUCAACGUUUGGAAGAAGCAACCAACCAACGGAAUCAACAGUAACCCCAACAGAAGCACUAAAUAUUGUCCCAACAGUUGCCGCAAGUCUACCAAGCGAAGCAGUUGCCGUUGAAUCAUCCCCAACCUUAGAAGCCGAGAAUCCAUCAUCACAAGCAUCAUCAGCAAGAACAGCAAUUAACUUACAACCAAUUGCACCAACAUAUCGAUUGAUAACAUCGAAACCAGCUGUUGUUGGCCUAGCACCAGUUUAUCGAGUAGCAACAAAUUUUGGUGAUUCAUCAGCAGCAACAACAAAUAUUGCUGCAACACAAUUGCCAAGAAGCGGAGGUGGUGGUAUUAUCAUAAAACCUCUUGAAAUUUCUGCAGCAAUUUCAACACCACAAAUCAGUAGACAAUACAUACAACCACAACAGCAACAAACACAACAGGAGCAAAUGAGGGCAUUAAAUAAUUUUCCCCAAGGACUCAUUCAAGGUCCACGCUACUAUAGAACACUCGAUGAAUUAAAUUCCGACAAUGAAGCAAUACAAAAUUCGUCGCAAUUAAUUUCAAAUUCGUCUCAAAUGCCUGUUAAGAAUCAGCAAAAGAGAUCUCAGGAUGGAAAGGGAAUUGGUGAGAAGCAAUCUGAUGUGAUGAAGAAACAGCAAUAGAAGAAAUUUUUUUUUGGUGGAUCAACAAAGUUCUUGUAGAUAAUAAAAAGAAAAUUUUAAUUUUA